AGUUUCUUGCUGGGAAACGCCCAGAUUGUAGAUUGGCCUGUAGUUUAUAGUAAUGACGGUUUUUGCAAACUCUCUGGGUAUCACCGAGCUGACGUCAUGCAGAAAAGCAGCACUUGCAGUUUUAUGUACGGGGAAUUGACUGACAAGAAGACCAUCGAGAAAGUCAGGCAGACUUUUGACAACUACGAGUCAAACUGCUUUGAAGUUCUUCUGUACAAGAAAAACAGAACCCCCGUGUGGUUUUACAUGCAAAUUGCACCAAUAAGAAAUGAACAUGAAAAGGUGGUCUUGUUCCUAUGCACUUUCAAGGAUAUUACGUUGUUCAAACAGCCCAUAGAGGACGAGUCAACAAAAGGUUGGACAAAAUUUGCCCGAUUGACACGGGCUUUGACAAACAGCCGAAGUGUUUUGCAGCAGCUCACGCCAAUGAAUAAAGCAGAGGUGGUCCACAAACAUUCGCGACUAGCUGAAGUUCUUCAGCUGGGAUCAGAUAUCCUUCCUCAGUAUAAGCAAGAAGCGCCAAAGACGCCACCACACAUUAUUUUACACUAUUGUGCUUUUAAAACUACUUGGGAUUGGGUGAUUUUAAUUCUUACCUUCUAUACCGCCAUUAUGGUUCCUUAUAACGUGUCCUUCAAAACAAAGCAGAACAACAUCGCCUGGUUGGUGCUGGACAGCGUGGUGGAUGUUAUUUUUCUGGUUGACAUUGUUUUAAAUUUUCACACGACCUUUGUGGGACCUGGCGGAGAAGUCAUUUCUGACCCCAAGCUGAUAAGAAUGAACUACCUGAAAACUUGGUUUGUGAUCGACCUGCUGUCUUGUUUACCUUAUGACAUCAUCAAUGCCUUUGAAAAUGUGGAUGAGGGAAUCAGCAGUCUCUUCAGUUCUUUGAAAGUGGUGCGUCUCCUGCGACUGGGCCGUGUUGCUAGGAAGUUGGACCAUUACCUGGAGUACGGAGCGGCGGUCCUCGUGCUCCUGGUGUGUGUGUUUGGACUGGUUGCCCACUGGCUGGCCUGCAUAUGGUACAGCAUUGGGGACUACGAGGUCAUCGAUGAAGUCACCAACACCAUCCAGAUAGACAGUUGGCUCUACCAGCUGGCCUUGAGCAUUGGGACUCCGUAUCGAUACAAUACCAGUGCAGGGACGUGGGAAGGAGGACCCAGCAAGGAUUCACUGUACGUGUCCUCUCUCUACUUUACCAUGACAAGCCUUACAACCAUAGGAUUUGGAAACAUAGCUCCUACCACAGAUGUGGAGAAGAUGUUUUCAGUGGCCAUGAUGAUGGUUGGCUCUCUUCUUUAUGCAACUAUUUUCGGAAAUGUUACCACAAUUUUCCAGCAAAUGUAUGCCAACACCAACCGAUACCAUGAGAUGUUGAAUAAUGUGCGGGAUUUUCUGAAACUCUAUCAGGUCCCCAAAGGCCUUAGUGAACGAGUCAUGGAUUAUAUUGUCUCAACGUGGUCCAUGUCAAAAGGCAUCGACACAGAGAAGGUUCUGUCCAUCUGCCCCAAGGACAUGAGGGCCGACAUCUGCGUUCACCUGAACAGGAAGGUUUUCAACGAGCACCCCGCUUUCCGGCUGGCCAGCGACGGGUGCCUGCGCGCCCUGGCCGUGGAGUUCCAGACCAUCCACUGCGCGCCCGGCGACCUCAUCUACCACGCGGGCGAGAGCGUGGACGCCCUGUGCUUCGUGGUGUCCGGGUCCCUGGAGGUCAUUCAGGACGACGAGGUCGUGGCUAUUUUAGGGAAAGGUGAUGUAUUUGGAGACAUCUUCUGGAAGGAAACCACCCUUGCUCAUGCGUGUGCCAAUGUCCGGGCACUGACGUACUGUGACCUCCACAUCAUCAAGCGGGAAGCCUUGCUCAAAGUCCUGGACUUCUAUACGGCUUUUGCAAACUCCUUCUCAAGGAAUCUCACUCUUACUUGCAACCUGAGGAAACGGAUCAUCUUCCGGAAGAUCAGCGACGUGCGGAAGGAGGAGGAGGAGCGCCUGCGGCAGAAGGACGAGGUGGCGCUCAGCAUCCCCGUGGACCACCCGGUCAGGAAGCUCUUCCAGAAGUUCAAGCAGCAGAAGGAGCUGCGCAACCAGGGGUCAGCGCAGGGCGACGCGGAGCGCAGCCAGCCGCCGGCGCAGGGCCGCCCCUUGCAGAACGGCGCCCCCAUCACGGGCACCAGCGUGGUCACCGUGUCCCAGAUCACGCCCAUCCAGACCUCCCUGGCCUUCGUGAAGACCGGCGAGGCCCUCAAGCAGAACAACCGCGACGCCAUGGAGCUCAAGCCCAACGGCGGCGCUGAGCCCAAAUGCCUCAAGGUCAACAGCCCCAUCAGGAUGAAGAACGGAAACGGCAGAGGGUGGCUGCGGCUCAGGAAUAACGUGGGCACCCAUGAGGAGAAAAAGGAAGACUGGAAUAACGUCACCAAAGCUGAGUCCAUGGGGCUCCUGUCCGAGGACCCCAAGGGCAGCGACUCAGAGAACAGUGUGACCAAAAACCCACUGAGGAAGACGGAUUCUUGUGACAGUGGGAUUACAAAAAGUGACCUUCGUUUGGAUAAGGCUGGGGAGGUGCGAAGUCCGCUGGAGCACAGCCCCGUUCAGGCUGACGCCAAGCACCCCUUCUACCCCAUCCCCGAGCAGGCCUUACAGACCACGCUGCAGGAGGUCAAACACGAACUCAAGGAGGACAUCCAGCUGCUAAGCUGCAGAAUGACUGCCCUGGAGAAGCAGGUGGCAGAAAUUUUAAAAAUACUCUCAGAAAAAAGCGUGCCCCAGACCUCUUCUCCCAAGUCCCAAACGCAGCUCCAGGUACCUCCCCAAAUACCAUGUCAGGAUAUUUUUAGUGUUUCCAGGCCUGAGUCACCUGAAUCUGACAAAGAUGAAAUCCACUUUUAAUAUAUAUAUGCACAUAUAUAUUUGUUAAUAUCUUAAAAACAGUAUAUACAUCUAUAUACAGAAGUGUGUAUAUAUGAUAUAUACAUCUAUAUUUUCACUUGCUUUCAAUAUGAUGAACACAAUAUGGGUUUUGAUAUGUAAAUAUUGCAUGUCCAGCUGGAUUCUGGCCUGCCAAAGAUGAUUAUUUAAAACAUAGAUAUUGCUUGUAUAUUAUGCAGUUGACUGCAUGCACAUGUUACUUUUAUUUAUAAGCUCUAUUCUGUAAUUUUUAAAAAAGUACGAUUUUUGUUAACCAAGGCGAUGUAAUAUUUGAAGAAUCAGGGUCUAACCUGCCAAUGUUGCCAUGACAAACUUGAUCUCAGGCUGAGUAGACUGCGCUGUCAUUUCCUUGCUGUUCUGUUGAGUUAAAAUUCUAGGUUGAUGCCAGGGAAGAGUUCCACUUCGUAAACUGUUCGUACCAUUUUAUGAUCUCUUUCCUUAGGCUAUUUUUAUGUAACUUAGUGUUAGCUUAUUUUUCCUCAGCAGGCAGUGUUUUCUCCAUUUAAAUAACUGUUUUGUUGCCUAAGUCAGAUAGCAGUAUGGAGUAUUGAAAAUUUAUUGCUAUGGGUUCUGUGCAUGAAUUGCAUUUUUGCUCAACUAUACCUCUUCUUUUCCAACAUUAUACUUAGAUAGUAAUCAUUAAGCUCCUAUGUAAGGAAAUCCCUGUCUCCUCCGUCUUGGAGAACAGCUGCCAUCUAGUAAGCUGAUUUUAUCAACCCUAUAAAUACUAAACUAUUAAAUAGUGUAUAUUAUUAUAGAAAUACUGCACCACAGGGUACAAAGGGCCUUUUAACGAUUCAUGUUAAAGAUGCUGAUUUUCCAAAGGUGAUGAAUGCUCUAAAUUUGUGUUUCUAAAAACUUGUUCAAGGGUGGAGUUAGGCUCUUAGCAGAGAAACA